CCUAUGGAGGAUCGGCGUCACUUAGAUUUCAAUUCCGAAGUCGCUGAGACUUCGUUGGAUACCACAAAGUUACUCGACGAGAUUGAGGAGCUUGAGGCUCGUCUAAAUUUGCCUCUCUCCCUGAAAUUAUGUCGAAGCUCGUUAGUACGAUCAUUAGCGGCAGAUGCAUGGCACUUGAGAACAUCCAAACAAUCGGCUUUCUCGAAAGACCCCGUCCCGCCAGAUUCUUCAUGUUUCACUAAAGAGGAAGCAAUGGCAAGUCAGAUGCAUUUAAUAUCUGAAAUGCGUCAACAAGCAGCGCGGAAACUGAAAAGGAUAUCGGCUAAGGAGAGGACCCGGAUUAUAGACAGCGUUCGCAUUUACUCCUUUGAUGAGCUACUCCGUCAACACAUUCGAGUAGUAGCUGCAUCGCGAGGUGACUGCGAUCCUGAUACUGAUUCCACUGCAGAAAUGGAUGAUAUACAUCUGGGUUUUGGUCAGGACCUAGAAUUUGUUACUUUUUGUCGGGACUGUCUCAUUGAAUCACUUCACGAUUAG